AGCGGGAGGAGCGGGAGGAGCGGGAGGAGCGGGGGCGGGACGCGCCGGGUGCUGUCACGUGACGGGCGCUGUCACGUGACGCCUCCAGGAUGGCGGCGCUGAGAGCGGUGCUGAGGUGCCGGGGGGGCCCGGCCCCGCUCCCCCCGCCCGGGCAGAGCCGUGGGGCGGCAGGGGGGCUCCUGCAGCGCCUGGGCCGCUGGUUCUACGAGGCGGAGGUGGCGGCGGAGUGGGGGGAGCGGCUGCGGCGCUACCGGCUGCGGAGCAGGAACGCGUACUGCAGUUCGCUCAGGGACACACAUGGGGACGAUGUGGCAGCCGCUGUCUUCACCCUGUCCUGUGGCGGGGGGGUCAGAUUUGAUGGGCAGCAGCACUGGAUUCGGGGGAGGCCCCGUGAGCACCCAGAGCUGCUGAGCUUCCACGAGGUCCCCGUGGUGGCCCUGGACCUCAGUGGCUCCCCCAUCACCUACGAUGGCUUGGACAACCUGGUGCCGCUGACCCGGCUGCAGCACCUGGACCUGAGCAGGUGCCCCCACCUCGACGACUGGGCGCUGGGGCGGCUCCAUGUCUUCAGGGACACUUUGCAGGAGCUGUCGGUGGCUUGGUGUCCCGGUGUCACCGAGCGGGGCCUGGCCACCCUCCACCACCUCCGGGUUUGUUACUCACAAGGACAACACCUUAUUGACCCAGUGUCCCCGCCAGCUGCAAGGCCAAAGUCAGAGCUAGUGCCCCAUGUCACAAACGAGACUCCUGGUCAGUCUUCAAUUGUCAGACUCGCUUGCCAGGAAAUGCCUGAUGGUGAACCUGCUGCAUUCACGCUCCAAGAGAUGAGGGACAAGCCAGAGCCACGGCAGCUGCUCCCCCGAGGGCUCCUGGUCCCUGCGACACGAGGCAGCUCAAAACCUGCUCCGUCUCCAUCAGCGAAAGGGAACGCAGGGCCACACACCGGGCAAAGGUCUUCAAAAGGCAAAUUCAUCCGCUGCUGCCAAUUCUUCUGACUCAAUAAAGGUGCCACAGGUACUGGUUUUUCUCUAAGAGUCUAACCAGGCAUGCACACACACUGUACUCCCCUUGGCAGCGAUUUGCAACCCAAGUGUCUCUGGACCUGUAGGAUUUGUGGCUUUAGGAACCCUAACCCUAAAACCGUAACCCUAAGAGAAGCGUGGAUCUUGAGCUGUGGUCCUCAUAAGCAUUGACGGCCCUGGUGAGAAAAGAGUGCAGGGAUCAAUGCUGAAGCAGUGCUGUCCUCUUCUUGGUACACCCUUUGUAGCCCCAGUGUCCCUGAAGGUGUAGGAUUUGUGGUUCUUGGAACACUAACCUGACCCCUUACCCCUUACCCUUAACUGAGCUCAGUGAUGGGGAGAAGAUCCUCACCUGCAUGGGUGGCCCAGAUGAGAAAGGUGUGCAGGGAGCAAUAUUGGUGCAGUGCCAUGCUCUCCUUGGCAUUUUUGCAACCCCUUUCUUUCUGGAGCUGUAGGAUUUGUGGCUCUCAAAUCCGUAACCAGAACCUUACCCCUAUCCCUAACUGUACCCAGGAAGGGGGCACAGGUCCCCACCUGUGUUGGUGGCCCAGAUGAGAAAGGUGUUCAGGGAGCGAUGUUGGUGCAGUGCUGUGCUCUCCUUCACAAGCCCCAGUGUCACCAGCGCUGUAGGAUUUCUAAUCCUAUCCCUGCACUGACCUCUACCCCAAUGCUAGCACUGCCAGGGCACAAGCCCCGCCUGCGUGAGCAGCCCAGAUGAGAAAGGUGUGCAGGAAGCAAUGCUGUGCGGUGCCGUGCUCUAGCUGGCAUGCCCUUUGCAGCCUCAGUCCCUGGAGCUGUAGGGUUUGUUGCUCUCAGAAUCCGAAACCUAUCCCUACUCCUACAUCUACCCCUAAACGCUGCCAAUGACAGGGCGCAAGUUCCAACACGCACAGGCGGCCCAGUUGAUAACGGUGUGCAAGGAGCAAUGUUAUUGCAGUGCUGUCCUCUUCUUCACAUGCAUUUUAUGGUCCCAGUGUCCCUGGAGCUGUAGGAUUUGUGGCUCUUGGAACCUGAAGCCUAAACCUACCCCUAACCCUAAACUACCUGCUGCCAGUGAUGGGGCAAAAGUCCCUACCUGUGUGGGUGGCCCUAUACCUACUCCUACCCGUGCCUCUAACUGCUGACAGUGACAUACAUGGGUGGCCCAGGUGAGAAAGGUGUGCAAUGCUGUGCACUCCCUGACACGCCUUUUGCAGCCCCAGUGUCACUAGAGCUGUAGGAUUUGUCACACCCUGAACCCUAAAGCCAACCCUACUCUUACCUGUACAUCUCAAUGCUGCCAGUGACUGGGCACAAGUCCUCACACGCGCAGGUGACCCAGGUGAGAAAGGUGUGCAGGGAGCAAGCUCAGUGCAGUGCCCUGCUCUCCUUGGCAGGCCUUUGAUAGACCCAAGGUACCUGGAGCUGCGGGAUUUGUGGCUCUUGGAACCCCCAUCUUAACCCUGUCCUUCUCUGACAACAAAGCCAGAAUGCACGCCCUCAACGGGACAGAGGAACAACCUCCACUUCUGCAGAUCCCCACAGAUGAAACACUGUCAACAGAGAUGCGGCUGUCGAUGAGCACGACACCUGUACGAAGGCCAGAAGAGAGCUGUAUUGGCCUACAGAGUAGGGUCGUAUGAACAGCCACAAUCUACGUAUGAAAUGCAAAGAGUAAAUUAAUUUUCAUUACCUUGCUAACUUGCAGACCUAAGAAAAAGCACCUAAGCACGUGGGCAGAGGCACACAACUGGAAACGCAGGCAUUGCAGAGCUCAGUACUUGCCAGAAGAUCCUCAGGCCUGUUGGUUUCGCCUCUAUAUGGGGAAUUCACACAGGUGCAGUUUGCUGUCCCAGACCAAGGCAAGCUGUGAUACAAGAGCUUUGGUCCUCCCCGAUGUCCAUGGAAAGCCAGAAAUGGCGUUAUCACCAUGUCGAGGGUUAAGAUUGCGGGGUGACAAUAAAACCCUGGCAGAUGUAUUGUUAACCCCCUCUCCCCCCCUCCCUACACUUCCCCCUCCCUCUCCCCCCUUUCCACUAAGGAGAGGCAAUUGGGAGGAAAAGAAGCACAGAGUGAAGAGAGUUGGAAAAAAUUAAAGAUGUUUUACUAAUGCUACUAAUAAGAAUAGAGAAAAUAAUACAAAAUAUACAAAACCAAUCUUGAAAGUCUCAGCAACUGCAGAGCCGGCACCUGAAGUCCUGGACUGGACUCUGCAGCCAACCGGAGCUGGAUUCAGUCUGUCACUGGCCUCAGUUCACAGGGACGACUCGCAAGGUCCUCCCCUAAUGUCGGCCAUAAGCAGAAGGGAAAAGGGAAAAGCACACGAGAUCCUCGUGAUCUCCCACUUUUAUAUAAAGUAUUCACGUGAAUGGAAUGUUAUACACAGUU